AUGGGGUGGGUCUCGAAGCCUGAGCAGGAGUCUGCAAGACGAGGGGUGAAGGUCGUCUCCUACACCUCUCUUUGCAAAUGCCUGGCCUACAGUCUGGCCUUCCUGGCCAAGGCCCUCCCUCCACGGGGCCGAGAAAGAGGAGGAUCCCAGGCCACUUGGGCCUCCUUUGAGACCCUGCUGUCGCGGCCGAGUCCCAGGAAGCUGGAGUACAGGUGUCCGAGUGUAUCUGUGUGUGUUGAGGAGCAGAAGCAGGAGACACACUUCUGGUAUGGCACAAUUUCAGGUACCUUUGAGCCCUCAAACUCCUUCCUGGAGGAAGCUAUAAAAUGGGUGUGUUGUUUUACAAUCAUAUUUGAAUGUGUGGAUGAUCUACAGCUGGUGCUUAAAGUCAGAAUUCAGAACCCCAAAGAAAAUGACUUCAUCGAAAUUGAACUGAACAGAGAGGAGCUGAGUUAUCAAAACCUGCUAAAAUUGAGUUGCUGUGAAUUGGGGAUUUACCCAGAGCAAGUGGAGAUCAGAAAGCUACCCAACGCACUGCUUAGAACGGAUAAAGACAUUCUAAGACUACAGGACUUUCAGGAAGUAGAACUCAUUUUAAUGAAAACUGGAAACUCUGAAUGGAUACAACACAUACCACCUGAGAAACCCUGCUACAACAGCAAUGCUGCAAAAAUGACUUACUGAAAAAAACCAGAAAUGAGAAACUGGAGUCAAUAUUUUGUAAAUAAUGAAGCCUGAAUUCAUGUACCCGUUUUGCUAACUUCAUUGUGUGAACUUUGGAAAAUUACUUCAUCUCCAACUUCUCUGGGCUGGAAGAAGCGUUAAGUUCAAAGUGCUUUGACAAAUAAGAUACAGGUAUAAAAAAUUGUAAGGUAGAUACCUACCAACGCAAGUUUACUUUGUAGAGUUGUACCUCAAUCCUGACCAGGCAGAGGCAUGCCCGGCUGAGAUUCAGUCAGGACAAACGGCCAGGGUCUCCUCACCCCCGAAGGGCAGUGAGCUAAUGGAGAUGGGAAAGCCAGAACUGACUUGGCAACACUGGCUCAACCAGGGCUUUGUUUUUAAGGGCACUUAUUAUUUCCUAUUAUGCACUUUUUAACUUCCCUAUAAAAAUGCCAUGAUGUAUGACUUAAUAACUACUUUUGUGGCUAUUUUUAACAUACACUUGCAAAACUGUCAAAAGCAUAGCACUGAACAGAAGGAAAAAAGUUGGGUGUCCUCACCAGCAUCCAGCUCAAAGGUGGGUUGUCAUCCCUUCCCAUGCUAGGUUCCUCCCUACCACCCUUCUGGGCCAACUCUCUUGCUAACUUCCAGUUAAUAACUGCUUGCACUCAAAUACUGCUUUACCCACUAUAUUUACCCACUUUUAUUAGCACGCUUAUGUCACCUUGCCAUUUACACAUCUGCCACUCCUAGACUCUGAGGCCAUCUCAAAUCCUUUAUGUACUGAGGUAUUAUAAACAUGGCUUAUGGCCAAGCAGUGUCUUAUCUGGAUCCCCAGAAUAUGAAAUAGGCCACUGUUUCCUCAUCGCCAACUCCUCAAUAGCUCAGCUUCGGUGAAGUGGUGGGUAAGAAGCACGACUGUUACAUGUACAUUUAUCUUACCCAACAACCCAAAAAAAGGAAUGUUUUCAGUGGCGCAGAAGUGUGCACCAUUUCAUUCAAAGAAUAUACUGCAAUUUGCUCAGUAUUCACGGGCCCCUCAGGGGGCCAGCACCUCAGCACUGAGUAGGAGCUUAGCAUCUAAGCCCCACGUUUUGAAAAGGGAGCAUAGUUCCAAAGGAAGCCAACUCCACCUAGUGUUCAGCCAUCUGUUCCCAGUGCCAGAGGAUGUGAUAGUGGGUGAAAGGAGGUCCACCUUCUGUGACAUUCCCUAUUUUCAGUUUUUUUGGUUUGUUUUAAAUGAGUUAACUGUACAAUUUCACGUAACAGUAAAUAUUUAGGCAGGGAUUCAGGACUGAUCAUGUUAACAGCCUGAAAUCACCAUUUGUAGAAAAAUGAGAUUUUAGAUUGUUUUAAAAUAAACACGGUACAAUAAACUUUUAUCCCUUGAAAACAAAUUACUGCAGAGGAAACCUCACAUGUGCAUAGAGCAGAACUCACCAAGCUGCUACGCAGUGGUUAAUUACAGUAAGAUCAACGAGGGUGCUAAUUAUCGAAAGGUUGAUGACCAAAUCCAAUACCUGUUUGUUACUAAUAAACACAACCCGGUACCCAAACACAUCGUGUGUUAGUUUUUAUAACACAUAGUCUUAAAUUGCAUAUUGAGAAUAAAACAAAAUUUGAAGUGCUUGAAGAGUAAUUGAUGAUACAAUUUUCACCUCAUG